GUUUGUAGUCUAAAAAGAAAAUCUUCAAUUUAGCUUCAAUUCGCUUUCGCAUUCCUCGCUGCUGUCUCUCCCUACCAAGCCCUAAACCCCAACGGAAGUUAAACAAGACGGUGAUGACGGGAAGGCAAGCCACCGCAUCCGGCGGCGCCGCCCCAUUGAGGAAGAGGACGGCCCCGACGACAGUCCACUUCCUGACUCACGACAUUCUCUGUAUGGUCUUCUCUUUCCUCGACCUCCUCGACCUAGCUCGCUGCUCCGGUGUCUGCAAAUUCUGGAAUGUAACGAUUGCAAAUUCCAAGUUAUUGCACACACUUCUUAGCAAACAAGACAAGAGUUCUGUCAGCCUAUCCGAUGUGUCUUCCAGUUCAGGAGGGUUAUUGAAGAUAAGUCUGCAGGAGUUAGCAAUGGAUCGUCACAGACUUUCUUUACAAGAGGGUGCUGCCAAUAUUUUUCAAUGGAGAGGUCAUUCAAUUGGGAUUGACCAGUGCCGAAUGAAGACGGGGUUGAUUCUUACUGGCGUAGGUGAUAAGGUUAUGCGUCUCUGGUCUUCAGAAAGCUGUAGAUUUUUGGAUGAAUUUGGCCUCCCAGAUAGAGCACCUCUUGUGGAUUUUGAUUUUGACGAGGCCAAGGUUGUUGGUUUGGUCGGCACUCGCAUAUGCAUAUGGAGGCGCAAUGGGAAAAGAAAUAUAGUUUCCUCUCGUGAAGGCUUGUUUACAAAGGGUUUGUGUAUGCGUUAUGUCGAUCCUGGGGCUGUGGUUGGAUGUGAGGAUGGGACAGUUCGAGUAUUUGACAUGUAUAGUCGGAGUUGCUCUCAAAUUAUAAAGAUGCAUUCCGGGACUGUAACUUGCUUAGCUUUAAGUGAUGAUCAAUUGAUUGUUAGUGGUUCAUCUCUUGGUGGUGUAACACUGUCAGAUCUUUCCUCUGAUCAGCAGGUGGCUGCAUUAAGGCCAACUAAUUCUGGAGGAAUAAGGAGCUUGUCUUUGAAUCCAUGUUCCCAUUUAGUCUUUGCUGGAACGACUGCAGGAUAUGUAACUUGUUGGGACUUUAGGAUGGGGAAAGCUUUGUGGAACAACCGGGUGAGUCCGAAUGUUAUAUAUUCGAUGAACCAUAUGCGAAGUGACAAUUCGACGUUAGCUGUUGGGGGCAUAGAUGGCGUCCUACGAAUUUUGGACCAGGAAACUGGUGAGGUGCUUUCGAGGUGCAUUAUGGAUUAUGAUAGCAGCAGCAGCAGCAGAAUAUCGGUUAACUCACGAGUCCAAGUACACAAAGCAAGAAGGCUAUCAGAAGAUGAUCGGAUCGAUGUCAUUCCCAGAGGCUAUCGGCCGGCCAUCAGAUGCUUGGCUGUUGGAAUGGAGAGGAUCGUCACAACACACAAUCAGAAGCAUAUCACUUUGUGGAAAUUCAGCAGAUGAGUCGUACACUUUACUGCUUUGUUUUUGGAGCACAUGUUCUAGCAUUCGGAGUGCCAAAUUGCCAAUGUUGGCAAUCCUCCAAAACCCGAAGGCUCGUGUGAGAACGUCAAAGGUUCCAGGGCCGAAACCAGAAAAUGUUGAAUAUAAAUCUUUAAUAUAUAUAUAAUUAUAAUAUUAAGUGUCUACUAAAGUAUGAAACUGUAUUUUUGGGGGUAAUUCACAAAAAAGUCACAAAAUUUGGGUGUCUUGUACAGUGGUCACUAAACUUCAAUUGAUUGUAAAGUGAUUAUAAAAUUUUUAAAUUUGUCGUAAUGUGAUCAUAUUUAAG